UUACCACUCAUCUACCUAAUUAUAGAUGAUAAGGUUAUAAUUGCAUUGUGGGAUUCUGGAUCCUCCAUCUCGUACAUCAGAAAAUCAACGCUGAAUUUCUUAGGAAAGAAUGUGAUUCAGAAAGACCAAACGGCAGCUAAAACAGCCAACGGAUCAACUUUUAAGUUCUUAGGAAAAACAGAACUAACCGUUAGUAUAGCCGAUAUGGAUAUAGAUCACACCUUCUUGAUAUCAGAAGACGAACAUUGCCCCGCACCAGCACUCCUAGGAUUAGAUUUCAUGGAAACAUUAGAUCUGUUAAAUAUACCUGCCACUCUGAGACCUGCUCAAAACAUUUUGAGGAUAGGAACAAGAGCAAUUCCAUUGCUAACAGCAACUCAGGCCAAAGUUCAGCACAAGAAGCAAACGAUCAACGUAGUGAACACCAGAAAAAGAACCAUCCACCCGCAAGAAUCAACAAUGCUAGAACUGACUACAGAGAAAGAAAUGAGCACAGAAGAAUAUGCGCUACUCGCACCAACCGAUAACAAUUUUCUGUGCUUUGAAACAGCAUUCAGAAGAAGUCCAAGAGUGGGAGUGUAUUUCGUCAAUAAUACGGAUCAACCACUCACCAUUGAAAAAGGAGAAACCAUAGGAAAGGCAGCGGUGGUCACAAUCCCUGGCCUAAGAACAGAAGGUUUCGGAGAAAGCAAUUUUCAUAUACCUCCAGAAGCAGACUGGGAAGAUAAACUCCCAGUAUUCCCAAAGGAAUUCCGAGAUGGAUUUCAAUGGCAAAACAAUGAAUUAUCCAAUAAACAGCAAUUCCAAUUAUAUAACAUCAUAUCAGAAAAUAAAGAAGCUUUCCUGAACGAAGAUAGGAACAUUGGAUGUUUUAAAGGUCCUAUAGUCCACAGCAUACCACUUCGGACGGACAUGGAUCUUCCAAAACCUAGAAUAACUAGAAUUCCAUAUGCUAAACGAGACGAAGUUGAAAGACAAGUAAAGGAAAUGCUAGAGCAAGGAAUUGUGGAGAAAUCUGAAUCAUUGUGCAACAGCCCAGUCGUACUAGUAAAGAAGAAAGACGACACCUACAGAUUUGUCACUGACUUCAGAGCCCUCAACAACGUAACGAGGAAGCAAACGUAUAUCAUCCCAACUAUAGCCGAUAUAGUGGAUAUGGCAGCAGGUGCCAGAUAUUUUUCAACUCUGGACCUGGUUUCCGGAUUUUUCCAAAUCGAAUUGAGAAAAGAAGAUAGGCCUCUAACAGCAUUCACGACACCAAGUGGUUCGUAUCAAUACAGAAGAAUGCCGAUGGGUUUGUGCGGAGCACCCCACACUUUUCAAAACGCUGUAAGAUAUUUGCAAUCAUUAUGUAAAUGUAAACUGUUCGUUUACCUAGAUGAUCUAUUGAUCAUAUCUGAGACAGCCGAGCAACAUCUGAAAGAUAUUGACGAAGUCACAAAGAAGAUAGCAGAAGUAGGAAUGAAAAUCAAAUUGAAGAAAUGCUCAUUUGCUCAGAAAGAAGUCAAAUUCUUAGGAUUGAUCGUAGGGAGAGAAGGGACUAAGCCUGAUCCAGAAAAAGUAACAGCCAUCAAGCAGUAUCCUGCACCUCAAACUGUUACGGCCGUGAGAGCAUUCCUAGGUAUGGUAGGAUUUUUCCGAAAAUUCAUCAAAGAUUUCGCACGAAUAGCCUCACCUCUACAUGAUUUGACGAAAGAUGGAAAUCCAUUCAAAUGGGAAGAAAAAGAAACGAAAGCAUUUGAAGAACUUAAAACCGCACUUUGUUCCGCCCCAAUACUGAAGCCACCAAGGAGCGAUAGAAUAUUUGUCAUUGAAUCGGAUGGCAGUAAUAUUGCAAUUGGAGCAGUAUUACUACAACCAGAAGACCCAAAAGAACCAAUGAAGAAUCUUAAGCCUAUUGCUUAUGCCUCACGCAAACUCGUGAAAGCAGAACGCAACUACGCGCCAAUCGAAAUUGAAGCGCUAGGUCUGGUGUUUGCGUUAAAUCAGUUCAGAACAUAUGUUCUUGGAACACACGCAAUUUGUGUCACAGACCACAGACCUUUAACUUCCCUGAUGACUAGAAGAGAUCUGUUAGGAAGACUAGCAAAAUUUCAACUAGUAAUACAGGAGUAUGAUAUCGAAAUAAGAUACAGGGAAGGAGCCCUUAAUAAAGUAUGUGACGCUUUAUCACGCUACAUCGAUAAUGAAGCAAACGACCCAAAACCAGAGAAACCAAAGGCAAAAAGAUACGAAAAAGUAAACAUCAUCACAAGUGAAGAUAUUAAGGAAAUACAAGAAAAAACCCCAUGGAUAAGAAAAACCAUGGCAGAGAUGGAAUAUAGAUACAGCAAGAAUAAGCCUACGAAGGAAAAAGAAAGAUUCUGCAUCAUAGACAACAUCCUUUACACAAAACCCUCAAUUAAACGUCCCCACCCAGCAGUUGUCCUGCCUAGAGAC